CACCACCAUCAAAUCUCUGGUCAUAAGCCCUCAUAGAAACCUCACUGGCUCACUAAUUUCUAUUCCCAAAACCAAAUUAAUCCCAUCAAAAUUCCUCAUUUUCUCACUCCCUAUCUUCCUCAUCGUAUAAAAUCCAGACUUUCUCCUCAAACACCAAAUUAACCAAGACGACUCUCAAUGAAGACCCUGAGAACUCUAAUAGCCGGUCUCCUCUGCUUCAUAGCAGCCUCCCUCUCGAGCGCCGGCGUCGGCGGCGGGUCCCUCUACCUCCCCAUCAUCAACCUCGUCGCCGGCCUCGACCUCAAGACAGCCAGCACCUUCUCCGCUUUCAUGGUCACUGGUGGGUCCCUCUCCAAUGUCCUCUACACCCUCGUCUUCUUCGCUGACCCCAAAUCCUCAAUAGACUACGAUAUUGCUCUGCUCUCGGAGCCAAGCAUGCUGCUUGGCGUCAGUGCUGGAGUUCUGGGCAAUGUCAUGCUCCCAGAGUGGCUGAUCACGGCCCUCUUUGCCCUGUUUCUUGGGGUUUCUACUUACAAGACUUUUGAAGCUGGGUUCAGGUGCUGGGGAGCUGAGAGUGAGGAGGUGAGGAGAUCUGGGAUCAUUGGGGCCCAGGAUGGCGAGGAGGAGGAGGAGGAGCCACUGUUGUUGAGCGGGGAGGGAUUUCAAGGGAGUAUCCAGUGGAGGAAGAUGGUGGUUCUGGUGGUGGUGUGGUUGACCUUUUUUGUGCUUCACGUUGUCAUUGCUGAUAAGGGUGAUAAGAAAAUUCUACAAAUUAGGCCUUGUGGAGUUCUAUACUGGCUCAUCACCUUGUUCCAAGUUCCUCUCGCAAUUGGUUUUACAGCAUGUAUUCUGUAUCAGAACCGCAAAAUGCAGCACCAAACACCUGAUCAAGAGAAAGAUAACCAGGGAAUUAUAGUUCAUUCUAGGAUGAAAGAACUUCCUGCCGUCAUUUUUCCAUUGGCUGCACUUAUAUCAGGGAUACUAGGUGGCCUCUUUGGAAUUGGUGGUGGGAUGCUCAUAAAUCCUGUACUUCUUCAAAUUGGAAUACCUCCGCAGGUAACAGCAUCAACAACCUCCUUUAUGGUUUUAUUCUCAUCUUCAAUGUCCAUGGUUCAGUAUUUGAUCCUUGGAAUGAAGGCUGUUGAAGAAGCUGCUAUAUUUGCUGCGGUUUGUUUUUUCGCUUCUAUUGUUGGAUUGGUUCUCAUUCAAAGAGCCGUAGAGAAGUUUGGAAGAGCUUCUCUCAUUGUGUUCUCAGUUAGUAUAGUGAUGGCGUUGAGCGUGGUUUCUAUCACUUGUUUUGGUGCAAUAGAUGUUUGGAGAGAGUACAAGAAUGGAGAAGACAUGGGAUUCAAACUCCCAUGUUAAAGUUUUGUACUGAACUAGUGUAGUUCAAAAUAAAUAUAGAGGUAGAAGCAUUACAUCCUUCGAGUGCAAAAUGAAGUGAACUUGGCUCUUGAAUCGUGUGUUGUGUUCACAGUUGAUUAAUGAAAUACAAAUUGCAGGGAGCAUCAUAAUUGAGUCAGGU